CGUCCUAGAGGAAACACUGUGCCUUAUAAAGAGUUGAUACCUCUGAUUUCUCAGAUGGCUGCACAGAGCUAGCAAGCAGAAAUUGAUAGUUAUGCUUUGUGCAGGUGGUUGGAUAAACUGGGUCUCUUGUGUAUGUUCCAAAUUUUAUUUUUGUGCUCUGUAGACCAGAUCAAGUUUAUGGUUUAUCAGGAAAGAGUUUGGUCAUUGAAAACCCUUCUAACCAUAAAUCCGUGUUUUGAGGAUUUAAGAAAAUAUUAAACAACUAACAAUUGCAUCUAUGGAAUCUAACAAGACUGUUACUGAUGGACUGGCAAUAAGAGCAAUUAAUUAUCGAGUCAUUUUGGUCCAAGUUAUGAUCUGUGUUUUCCUCUUCAUAAAUUUUUUCCUGAUGAUGACUUUUUUCUUGAAGGACUGCUUUUACACAUCCAUGCGUUACAUCUUAUUUGUUGUCACACUGUUUUCUGACUGUCUGUUUUUGUUGAUGACAAACGCACUGCUUAUUUUUUCUUAUUUCAAUUUUGCCAUUCAAAUAUGGUUGUGUGUUAUUAUCUACAUUGUUUUGGCUGAGUACUCGUUUGUCACACCACUCACCCUCACAGCCAUGGCCCUCGAGCGCUACGUGGCAAUCUGCAUGCCCCUGCGACACGCAGAGCUGUGCACCACGCGCACAACCCUACACCUCAUCAUCAUCAUCCACAGCAUCAGCUUUGUUCCUGGGUUUGUAAUAGUGGCAAUUUUCUUUGCUCGAGUGACGCACGUCGUUUACAAUAUGGGCACUGUGUGCUCUGUGGAGUCUUUCAUUCUGUAUGAGUGGAUGAAUCACCUGAGAUCAGUCUUAUAUCUGCUCUACUUCUUGAUAAUGUGCAUCAUUAUUGUUUUCUCCUAUGUUCAAAUAAUGAAGGUGGCCAAAGCCGCCUCUGGAGAGAACAAAAAGUCAACAUGGAGAGGACUCAGAACAGUGAUUCUUCAUGCUUUCCAGCUGUUGCUCUGUCUCAUCCAGAUGUGGUGCCCAUUCAUCGAAGCUGCUAUGCUUCAGAUUGAUUUCAUGUUGUUUAUUAAUAUCAGAUACUUUAAUUACAUCACUUUUAUCCUAGCCCCAAGAUGUCUGAGCCCUCUCAUCUAUGGUCUCAGGGAUGAGUUAUUCUUCCAGGCUGUUAGGUACUACGCUCUCUGUGGUUUGUACAAGAAACAAGCAUCAGUUUAAAGAAAACGUUAUUUCACCUUUGUUUGCUCAUUUUGAUUAUGCAUCUAUUCUAAACUCUUUUUGCAGCAAAAGCUACUGAAAAUGUCACGUUUAAAUAAAAGUGCAUUCAGUGCAGACAUUAAACAUCAAUAACAUUAAUAUAAACUAUUGUGUCUCCUCAAUGUUUUUGCUCUCCUUUUAUCAAACUGUUAGCACCACUCACCAUACAUGUA